AUGGAACGAACAGCGGUGGCGCCUUUUCAGUCGCCACCACUGCUCGUUGGUCGAAAAUAUCAGCCACGCACAGUCGAUCAGCACAAUCGCGAACAUAUGAUAUCAUUACCGGCCUUUUCGUUAAUGACUUUGCUCUUGUCGAAUGUGACCAGCAGCCAACAACCAACAAGAAAAAAGGUGCCCGAACCGCUCGUUGUUCAUGAAAUACGGCCAUGGUCUUUGUUUGCCGAUGCUGCGGCUGACGAAGCAGUUCUUUCUGAUAUCGAUAAACCAUCAUCAUAUCGAUACUCAUCUAAAACAUCACGCAAUCAACGCUUACAAGAAGAGAACGGUCAUCAAACAUUAUCAUUAACGCAAGAACGAACAAAUCGUUGUCGAUCGACAUUGAUCGAUCGAAAAAAGCACCAUUAUCAGCGCCAUAAUAAACUCACAUGUCAUUCUCUAUUCGGUACCAUGUCCGAUGUCAAUCAAAUAUUUAAGUACAAAAGAUUUCUUUCCGGUCAUCCGUGGUUGCAAGCGAUGUUUAUAUUUAUUGAUUCGUGCUCUCGCGGCAUGGGACAAGUGAUGUUCGCCAAUAAUCCUCUGUCGGGUUUUGUGAUCACAGUUGGUCUAUUUGUCGGCCAAUGGCAACUUGCCUUGUAUAGUCUGUUGGGAACAGUGGUAUCGACAUUAACGGCACACAUAAUAGGACUCGAUUACGAUUCGAUUCGAGCUGGUCUCUACGGAUACGAUGGAUGUUUGACGGCCAUGGCUAUAGCUCACUUUUCGUUUGGAUCCGAUUCUCCGCAAAUUAUUGGACCAGCCGUGUUGAUGAGUGCCUGUUCAACGGUCGUUCUUGUUGCCAUCGGAAAACUGCUUGUCGUUCGACUGGGUCUCUCACCGUUUACAUUUAGCUCUCAAGUAUGUUCAUUCUUAUGGCUUUUAGGUGCAUUGAAAUUUCGAUACUUUUUUCUGGAUGGAACACUUGUGGCACCUGGAUUAUUGACGGCGUUCGUUGAAAAGCCCAGCCUAUCAAAUGUGUCUACCGUGUCGUAUUCGGUUAUUGAUAUUUUUGCUGGAUUUCCUGCGAGUGUGAGCGAAGUCUAUUUUCUGAAUAGUCCCUUGUCGGGCGUCAUUAUUCUUGUAGGUGUAUUCAUUUGCUCGCCAAUACUAUCAUUCUUUGCUCUGUUCGGUGCAGUGACUGGUCAAUUAUCAGCAGCGUAUUUAUUUGGACUUCCAGCAGAAGCCAUUCGUAUGGGCUUGUGGGGCUACAAUUCGGUGUUGACUUGUCAAGCACUUGGAGGAAUGUUUUUCGUUCUCAGCGGCUAUCAAAUAUGGCUUUUCACGCUCUUCGGAUCCGUGAUGACUGUCCUCGUUCAAGCUGCCGUUUCUGCUUUCUUCUCUCCUAUUGGGAUGCCUCCGCUGAUGCUACCGUCCACUCUAACCUGUUGGCUGCUUUGUCUGAUGGCUGGGUCAAGCAAAAAUAUGAUAGCUGUCAAAUUAACAGCCGUUAGCAUUCCAGAAGAUCAUUUGCGACGUUUUCGAUUGAAAAGCCUGAUUAAAAUGCAUUUUGAAUUUCUGAAUAAUUUAUCGACGAUUCUUCACAAAUUCAGACACGAUGAAGACAUUUCGAUCGAAGAACUUGCAACGAUCGAGGCUGAAUUUGUACCGAUUCUCUUGUGCUCGUAUGCUCAUCGAAAUGAUACGCGAAAUUUGAAGGCAUUACUACACGAAGGAGCAGACGUUAAUUCCACAGACUAUGAUCUGCGCAGUCCCUUGCAUUUGGCCGCCUGUGGUGGGAAGACAGAAUUAUGUCUCAUGCUGAUCACAAACUUUAGAGCUAAUGUCAAUCUGGUUGACGAAUUUGGUGGAACCCCGUUGUACGAUGCCUUCUGCCACGGAAAUUUCCAUUUGAUUCCAUUGUUUUAUGCGUGCGGCGCACGAAUGCCUGUCGACAAGGCGAAAGAAUUGGCUUACUAUUUGUGUGCCUUUUCGUUUGAAGGCAAUUUGGAAGCAGUGCAAUAUUUAAUUGCGUGUGGAGUCAAUCCAAACUUUGCCGACUAUGAUGGACGAACUGCCUUACAUUUAGCCGUUUGUGGCAAUCAUUUUUCCUUGGUGAAAUAUUUAGUUGAGGAAGGUAAUGCGUCCUUGUCAGUUGCGGACUAUUAUAGUCAAACCCCAGUUCAGGAUGCUCUACGUCUACCCGAUAAGCGUAUUUCCCAUUAUCUUCAGCACUGGCGAGACCAUCCAUCGAAACAAAAACCGAGAAAAAUAAAUGAACUAAUGGAAAAUAUACUGUACGACAAUGAUAGUAAUGAUCAAGAAGAAACAGGAGAAAAAGAAGACGACGAGCUAACGAAUAAUGCCUCAACGAGUAUCGAAGAAAGUCUGCUGCCGGCCUUAUUCUGUAUGGCUGCAGCCGAAGGGGACGUAACGCAAAUGUCCAACAUUCUUGAACAAUUUCCGGAGUUUCGUGCAGACAGUGUUGAUUAUGAUUUUCGUUCGGCCGGCCACAUCGCUGCUGCCGAAGGUCAAUUGCUGAGUAUUCAGUUCUUGAGUGAACAUUCAUAUUCAAAAAGCCAAGAUUUAAGUUGGAUGAGACAGGAAGAUCGUUGGGGUUUUUCGCCCGUCGAUGAAGCAUAUCGUUAUGGACAUUAUGAAGUGGCUAAUUACCUUAAUGAAUGCAUGAAGAAAGAUCCGGCAUUGAUCUCGUCGGAAAUUGACAGCCGAAGAGAGCCUUCAACGAUAACACCUGUUGUGAGGUCAAUGCGCAAAUGGAAGAAAGUUCUUCAUUUUGGCACCUUGGUUUUGAAAAAUGAUGCAGAACUUAUCGCUGGUCUCUUCGCGGGUGGUGUGUUUUCACCGUCGGAAUUGUAUGCUGAUUAUGAUGGACGAUCACCCAUGCAUCUGGCUGCGGCCAAUGGUCAUUUGGAUGUGGUCAAAGUGUUGUUGCAUUAUGGCUAUGAUGGCAAAACGCACCGAGAUCGUUGGGGUAAUUGUGCACUGGAUGAAGCGAGACGAAAGAAAUUCGCUCAGAUUGUCGAUCUCUUACUAGCUGACGUUGUCUAA